CGCUCCCGGAACCAUUCCACUGAGCUCGAGCGUUCCAGUCGGAAGAGUAUUUCAGUGACGCUCCGGUGCUGGUAGAUGCUAGAGAGCUAGUAGCGACAGUAUCGUCGUCGUUUGAAGAAUGUCUGAGGUCUCAGAAAACACGCAGAGCUACGAGGAGCUGUUUGCUCACAGAUUUUCAUCGGAGGACAGUGAAUACCAACAAUAUCUGAACCGUCCCGCUGACCCGCCACCGAUCGUUGAGGACUGGCGGGGCCGCGUAGGGGGAAACCAGAGGGGCAGGGACAACAGGUACCAGGACCGUCGAGGCAAUCGCGACCGUGGCUGGGGAGAAGACAGAGGAUGGCAGGGGGACCGUCGGAGGCAGUGGCAUGACAGAGACAGGAACUGGGGGCACGGCAGCGGGUAUCAGUCUGGUUCCAGAACCUCGGACCAGGGAUACAACUCCAAUCGCCAACGGCAGCAUUAUGGUCGCUACUGAUUGCCUGGCAUUUGGCAGUAUUUAUAGUAAUAACUGUCUCAUGACUCGAGCUGCACUUGCGUUUGUGUUCCAAUGUUUCCCCUUUGCCAUAGGUGAUGCAACAAGCAUUGAAUGUAGAAUGUCCUGUCCACUGUUGUAGCUUUAGCAAAAAAUACACCUCAAAGCAGAAAUUUAAAGUGAAUUUCCAGUACACAUAUAUUUGUCAUAUAUCUUUAUUGUAGGCAUCAAAAUACAAGUGAAUGGACUUGCAUUUAACCUGUGUUUAUUGUGUUUUCCUAAUAAAAGGACAGUAUAAUGCCAUUAGUGUAUACAUUAUAACAGUUGCAUCAAGAUAACAGCUGUCAGCCAUGUGCUUCUGAUCUUUAAAGCUUCCUCAAACAUUGAAA